AUGAGUGGCUUAAAAGUACCACAACUUGUGUUCAAAAACACAAACGUGAUAUCGGCAGGCACAGAUAUCGUAUACUUGCCCAGAAUCGAACGGCUUUUGCUCAAAUACAGGGCAUCGCCAAGAUUGAACCGUGUACUUACCAAAUUCAUGCACCAGAACGAAAUUAGCCACUUCAACCGCUUGCAACAGUACGAACCGCUCAAAAGCCAAGUCAUCUACAUCGCUGGCAUAUGGGCCAUCAAAGAGGCUCUACUAAAGACACUACCCGCAGGUUUCGGGAAACCUCCGGCAAUCCAAAUAUAUACUAAACUGCUGUAUAAGACAAAUACACCAGACGGGAAACCAGAGCUACACUUGGACAAAGACUCUUUCCUCAAUGACGAAACUAAAAACUACUGGAAUAAAUACCUAGAGAGAACAAAGAUGGGUGUUGCAGACCUAAUCAAGAAGUUUGAGAGUAUCGCGAAGGAUCCUGUUGAAGGGUCGCCAGAACCUGCUCAACCAAAGGUGGAGCUCAAGAAGGAAGCUGAUCCAGAGCCAGUAGCUGCACCAGAGGAGCCCAAAGAUGAACCAGUGACUCCAGAGGAAACUGCCGAAGAGGAACCAGUUACGGAGGAACCAGUUAGGGAGGAACCAGUUAAGGAGGAACCAACUGAGGAGGAACCAGUUAAGGAGGAACCAACUGAAGAGGAAGCAGUUAAGGAAGAACAAACUGAAGAACCAGUUGAGGAAGAACAAACUGAAGAACCAGUUGAGGAAGAACAAACUGAAGAACCAGUUAAGGAGGAACAAACUGAAGAACCAGUUGAGGAAACUACUGAGGAAAAAUCAAGCGAAGAAGCAACUGAGGAAAAGCCAUCUGAAGAAACUACUGAAGAACCAUCUGAAGAAACAACCGAAGAAGCAGCCGAAGAACCAUCUGAAGAUGCAACUGAAGAAGCAACUGAAGAACCAUCUGAGGAAGCAACUGAAGAACACGAACCAUCAACUUCCAGCAAGAAAAAAAAUAAGAAGAAGAAGAACAAGAAGAAGAAGAAGUCAGCAAAUGCAGAAUCGGAACAACCUUCUGCAUCCGCUGACAUCGAUGCAAGAGAUACAAGACUAGGCCGUGAUAGCCCCUUCGAUUUCGGGAAGCGUGUCUUAAAAGAUGAUGAAGAAGUAUGGAAUCACAAUGCUUGGGAUAACGUCGAAUGGGGCGAAGAACAAAUUAAAGCUGCAGAAGAGAAAAUCCAAAAGCAGUAUGAGAAUCCGGUACCCGAAUUCGACAAAAACCUAUAUAACAGUAACCCUUCUCGUUACUGGGACAUAUUCUACAAGAAUAAUAGAGAAAACUUCUUCAAGGAUAGAAAAUGGCUACAGGUCGAAUUCCCAUCCUUAUAUGAAGCUACAAAACCGGAUGCUGGUCCUAAAACAAUAUUCGAAAUUGGUUGCGGGGCAGGUAACACUUUCUUCCCAAUCCUAAAUGAGAAUGAAAAUGAACAGUUAAAGAUUGUGGCUGCUGAUUUUGCUCCAAGAGCCGUAGAAUUAGUGAAAGAAUCCGAACAGUUCAAUCCAAAAUACGGUCACGCAACUGUGUGGGAUCUUGCUAAUACAGAAGGCCAACUACCUGAUGGCAUAGAACCACACUCUGUUGAUAUUGCAGUAAUGAUUUUUGUAUUCAGUGCCUUGUCUCCUGAACAAUGGGAGACUGCAAUGGAUAACCUUCAUAAAAUCAUGAAACCAGGCGGUCAGAUCCUCUUCCGUGAUUAUGGUCGUUACGACUUGGCUCAGGUACGAUUCAAGAAGAACAGACUUUUGGAUGAUAAUUUCUAUGUAAGAGGAGAUGGUACCAGAGUCUACUUCUUCACAGAACAAGAACUACGUGAAAUAUUCACCAAAAAAUAUUUUGUUGAAGAUCAAAUCGGAACAGAUAGAAGACUAUUAGUAAAUCGUAAGAGACAACUAAAAAUGUACCGUGUAUGGCUACAAGCUGUGUUUAAAGUUCCAGAGCUCGAGGUCAAGGAAAACUCUAGCUAG